AUGGAAGUUGAAACUCAAAAUAAUACAUCCCCAUCAGAAAUGAAAAUUGAUAUUCCUGAUAAUAUAAAAGAACAUGAGGAAGAAAUUGAAAAAACUCCACCAGAAACGAAGGAUGAUCCUUUUAAAGAACAUAGGAAAUCAAUUGAUCGAAUUUUUGUUUCUCAAUACAUGGAUACUAGUACUUACAAUGAAGAAUAUGGUUCAGAUGAUUAUGUUGUUACUUAUAGUAUUCAAGAUAAAUCAGUUCUUGGAUGGUCAAUUAAAGAGAAUGGAUCACAACCCGAUGUUUAUUUUAAGAUGGAUAAAAUCAAUAAAAUCGACGAAUAUAUGUUAAACUAUUCUGUACUAAGUAAAAAAAUCUUGUUAUUACGUAAUGAUAUAAAUUAUUGGUUGAUUGAUUUAAAUAGUGAUCGUACUAGUAGUGAUCGAUUUCUUAAACUAAAGCAUCAAGUUUCUCAAAAUAUUGCUUAUUAUUUUUUUAAUAUUAUUGGAUUCCUUCCUAAUGGUGAUUUAAUUCAAGUAUUAGUAAAAGAUCGCAAAAUUUACAAGUACUGUUUCACAGAUAAACCAAAAAAUACAGUUCCUUGGGAAUAUUCUCAAAUUAAUGAUAUAAAAAGUCCCCAAUGUUUAAAUGAUAAAAGUAUAUUGAGAUGUUUUAUAUAUCAAACAAAAUUAUUUCUAUCAGUUUGCGAUAAUAAAACGUUUCAAUUUGAUUUAUUGACAAUGAAUUUAGAAAGAAAAUACCAUAAUUGUCUGGGUCAGAGGUGUCAUAUAACAGUGAAUAAAAAUCAAGCGCUAUUGGCGGCAUGUUCAUUUGGUAAAACUUACGUAUAUUCAAUGGAAAAUGGAAUGUUGAUUUAUGAGAAUGAGGAUAGUGGGUAUGGUUGUGGUGUGCAGUUCAUAACUUUGAAAAAUACUGAAAGAUUAUUCAUUUAUCAUGAAUAUAGUGGUGGUAAACUUGUAGAUCCCUAUCAAGUUUAUGAUGAAAUUGUCAUUUCCGAUGGUUUUAAUGGAGAAAAAAGUGUGAUAACUGAAUUAAAUAGAAAAAUUUUCAUUGAUAAUGGUAAUGUUUGCAUCACAAAUGGUUUAAAUGGAAUCGAUGAAAAUAAAUUGGAACAAUUAUCAAACAAGAUCACAUAUAGAAAUAGCAAUUAUACUUUUUCUACCUUUAAAAUUAUACAAAGCAUGCUUAAAGAAAUCAUUAACCAAGAUGAAAAUAAAAAUGUUGUAUCAUAUAACAACGUGAUUGUGUUAAAAGAUGAUUUUGAAAUUGAAAAUAUUGGUCUUGGUAAACUUGUUCUUUAUAAUGAAUCCGGUAUUAAUUAUCUGGGAAUUGAAAAAGAUAAUGGACAUCGAGAACAAUUAUGUAAUGUACUCUCAGCUAAAUUAUUAAAUAACCAGGAUUUGGUAGUAAUUAAUAUUAGAGGAAUCAGUAUUGGUACAAUAAACGAUGGUACAAUAAGCAAUGAAGAACGAUAUUUAUGGUAUAAUAAUGAAUGGAAAGAUCUUUAUGACAAAUUCAGAGAAGAUCGUGAUAUUAAUAAACACUUUAAGCCACUUAUUGAAAAAAUUUUAAAAAAUGAAUUUGAUGAUUCAAAACACUCAAUACCAUUACCAAUAUUUAUAGGGAUAAGUUAUAUUUAUAAUGUUAUAAUUGAGAAUGUUAUAAAUGAUAAUUUAGUAUCGCCAAAAUUUGGAAUUGAAAUGUUAAAAAUAGCAAUUAAAGAAAAACAUGAACAUGCUAUCCGAUACAUUAUUGAAUCAACUCAAGAUUAUUCCGAAAAUUAUAUGACUAUUAUUAGUUUAAACUUAGUAGAAUUGUGUGAUUAUUAUCCUGAUUUCAUAAUUAAAUAUAUCUCAUCUACUUCUAUUAUGUUGUAUCCUCAUUAUUGGGUCACUGAGAAUUCAAAAAAUACUUCACUUCAUUCAUACACAGAUAUUUGCAUUAAAGGAUCGAAUAUGGAAAAUAGCUAUUUUAAGCCUAUUUUAGCAAUAUACAAAGGAUUAAUUCGGUAUUUAAGGGUAGAGGAAGAAAUCCAAAUAGUCAGUUUCAUUGUUCCUUUUCUUCAAAUCUAUGUAUACCGAGAUGACUCCAAAAAUAAUGACCAUGAAAACCGUGAAACUGAAAAAGAUCAUGAUAUUAAAUCAAAAAUAAUCACAAUACUAAAAAAAUUGAUCACUGGACUAAAAAUAAUCAUGAUGAUACCAAAUAGUAAUAGUAUUUGGAAUAAAUUUUUAUAUAAACAAAAAUCUAUUCUAUUUUGUAAUAUAGAUAGUAAUAAUUUUUAUAAUUGGUGGAAUUUUGCUGCAAUUGUAGAUUUUAAAUGGAAAACUUUUGGAAAACGUUACUAUUAUCUGAUCUGGUUAUUUUAUACAAUUUUUUAUAUUUGUUAUUCAUUAGCUUCUACAUUAGAACAAAAGUCUAUCCCUGAUCUUUAUUUUAAAUUACUUUUUACAAUUUCUAUUAUAUUUGGCUCUAUAUUUUUAAUUAAUGAAAUUCGAUAUUUUCUAUGGGAUCGUAAAAUUUAUUUAAAUGAUAUAUGGAAUUUAUUUGAUACAGGAGCAUAUCUUUUACCCAUUAUAACAUCAAUUAUUUGGCUUAUUAAUAAAAGCCCACCACCUUGGCUUACAGCAAUAUCUAUUAUAUUAUUGAGUUUCAAAUUUUUAUUAUUUUUUAGAGUAUUUAAAUCGUAUGGAAUUUAUUUUGCCAUAGUAAUUGGUGUUGCGGGAAAAGUUUUUCCAUUUUUAGUUCUCUUAUUUUUUAUAGUACUUGGAUAUGCUCAAGCAUUUUUUAUUAUUCUAAAAUCAAAUAGUAUUAAUGACGAUGAUCCAAGGAAUCUUCCUACAAAUUUGUUUAAUUGGUUUCCCACUUCACUUUUAGCGGUAUAUAAUCUUCUCACUGGUGACUCCGGAUCUUUAUCACCAUUUACUUAUCGUGAAAACCCUAUUAUGACCAUUUUAUUGGUUACCUUUACAUUUUUCACAGUAAUAUACCUUAUGAAUUUAUUUAUUGGAUUACUCAAUAUAGCAAUUGAUGAUUAUAAUAAAGAAGAAGAAUAUUUACUUCAAAAAGCACAGAUUAUUAUGGAGAUUGAAUUAUUUUAUAUGUUACCAUGGCAACGUAAAAAGAAGGAAUGGUUUCCAGAUCAGAUUUAUUAUGAUAUACCUCUUACUGAGGUUCGUAAAUUAAUAAAUGCAAUUGAUAAUAAACUGACUGUGUUUAAUUAUCCUCCAAUUAUUGAUAAGGAAUUGAGAAAGUUGGUAGUACUUAAUAAUGAUAAUAAAAAGCAAGAUAAUGAGGAAGAACAAAACAAUAAACUAGAAAAGAAAAUGGAUCAACUUACAAAACAAAAUGUUAAGCUUAAACAACAAAUGAGAUGUAUUAUGAAAUAUAUUGAUAGUGAGAAAGAACAAGAUAGUGACGAAGAUAGUGAGAAAGAACAAAAUAAUAAACUAGAGGAACAAAUAGAACAAACAAAGGAAGAACUUCCAAAACAAAAUAUCGGACUUAAUCAACAAAUGGAUAAACUUAAUCAACAAAUGGAAAGUAUUAUAAAAUAUAUUGGGAUAGAACAAGAUAAUAAGGAAGAAAAAAAUGAUAAACUAGAGAAGCAAUUAGAACAAACGAAAGAAGAACUUCCAAAACAAAACGGUGGACUUAAACAACAAAUGGAUAAACUUAAUCAACAAAUGGAAAAUAUUAUGGAAUUAUUAUUAAAAAGAAACUAG